AUGGAAGCUGUUAUGUACCGUUCAUCUUCAGAUCAACAAAUCUCACCUAACAAAAACUACUUUAGAAGCUCGAUGAAGAUGAUGAAUCGAGCAUCUUUGAUUCCUAGGUUUUCUGAGGAUUUUGUUCCUGCGGCAUAUUUGCAGGCGGGGCUUUUACAGGCUCCUGUUCAUCCUCCUCCUCCUCCAUUUCUGUCUCAAUCUUUUCCUGUUUUUUCAGUUCACCAGCAACAGCCGCCUCUUCUUCCUCUCCCCAUCUCCAAUGGCGGAUAUAGCAUGAAUUUCAGUCAAAGUAGGACACUUUCUUGCCCUCCCAACUAUGGGAGACCCAAUAAUAACAGCAAGAACAGAAGCAGAGAUCCCUCUCUGACGCCCAAGAAAUCCAAGCAGAAGAUCUCCAAGUCUCCCAAGAAAGAAGACUUUGAGAAGAAGAUGAAAUCUGCAAAAGAAGUUGUUGCCCCUUUGGGUCCAGACCCAGAACAUCUUCCUAAACAUGUUGUUGUCCCCAAGGUCUUAUCUUUUUCAUCGACAGAGAAAGAUGAUGAUGAGGGGGACAAGUUUUCAGGAUCUGUAGUGUUCACACUUUCACCUCCGCCUAGCAGCCUGCCUUUGCCCACUUUUUCAUUGAGGCCGAAGCUGAGCUGCAAAGCAGAGGCCGCCGGAAUAGACACCGGAGCGACUGACAAUCUCUGCAGACUUCUUCGUCUCCGGUAA